AUGGACAUCUUCACCUUCAGCCACCUCCAUCGCAAUCAAGUCGCCCACGUCGCGCUAUAUUCUCCCGUCAAUAAUGCCAGCGACAUUAGGAAUAGAAUUGUGGCCGCUGCCAGAGCAGAUGGUCACGAAGGUGAGAAGGAACGAGAUGAGAUGAAUUUUGCCUUUGUCGAUGCGACACUGAUUACAAGCCGGCUUCACCUAGAAACUGCGAUAUACCAAGCAAUCCUUACGGAAUCUCAGGGAUCAUUGCGGACGAAAACCGUACAUUCCGAGAUUCUGUGGGCACUUAAUCCAACCAAUAAUAUAACAGAAGCCAUUCGUCGAUAUGGCGUUUCAGACAAGACUACCUCAAUUCUUGUCAUUCAUAUAUCCGAUGCUGGGCUGUCUUCAUCGAUAGUACAAGAGAAACUCGCUCGUGUGGUGGAUGGAACACUGUUGCCAUUGGCCUCCCUUCAGGAUUUCACCGAUUGGGCCAGGAUCAAGAAAUAUUACAAACUGGAUCAGGAGAAAGCCCUGAUCGCGACAAGAGACGACCUCUCGAAACAGCAUGCUGUCAUCGACAACAUCGUCGUGAGCUCAGUUGCAAUGAAGAGUGUCAUGGGAUGACCAUUCCGUCUGCUACGCCUAUAAAGUGUGAUUGUUGCUCAGAAAGCUUCAUCAGUUCUGAACCCCGGCCUUCGAGCGCGCUUGCAACCACCGUCUACCGUUGAGGGACCUUCCACCGAGCAUUGUUCUUCUGUUAAUGGUCUUUGUUUCCCACUUAGGGUGGUCCGAUACCUCCUCGAGGCUCGUAGUCGAUUAAAGCCAGAUCUAUAUUCUUGUAGUCUGUUAACGAGUCCUUGUUCUUUGAGCGUCUGUACCGUCUACGAAAAUAGG